ACUUUUUUUUAUUAAACAUCGUUAUUGUUAUACGUGACAAACUAUUAUAGAUAAUUUUUUUUAACGUAUACCAAUAUUUAUGUAUUAUAUUAUUAUUUUUCAUUUGACAUUAUCAUCUCUGUUGCCGCCAGUUAAACAUUGACAACGGGUCGAACAAGAAUCGACAUUUUUUAAAAAAAAAAACUAUGAAUAAUUAUCCGUUUAUUAUUCGACACGUUAAAUUUGUCAUAACUUUUGUUGUCUGAUAUUGUCUUUUAAAUAAUCUUAAGUGAUCGGUUGGAAAAAAAAAAUGAAACCUUCACUUACCGUGAUCGCUUUGGUUUCGUUGUUCGUCGGAUCGCAUUCCUCGUCGCCAGGAUCUCUGGAGAAUACUCUGAGCACUUGCUGUAAGAAAGGCAAGGCGUGGACCGCAGAACACAAGUACUGCAACAUCUCUUUACAGUUACCCUUGCCCGGCGUACCCGUCGAACACAAUUCCAUAUGUCUGUCUACGGUCGGAGCAUGUUGUAUGCACUCGUUGAGGGAAUCUCGGUGCUUGGAAGGCAAACAGGCAGCGUUGGCCGACGGAUCGUGUAACGAAAAAACCGAAUUGGGCAGAAGUCAAGUGGACUUUAUGAUGUGCUGUGAGUUGUGCAAAAUCGGUAUGAUGGCCGGAUCCAUUGAAACGCCUCCUUGUAAGCUUACUAACUUGUUUGCCGGCACACAAUGGGACGAGCUGUACGGGUCGUGUUGUCAAGUUGUCAGCAGCAAGUUGAAGCCGAGCCCUUUAAUUGCUCAGCCGAAGGGAACGUCUAGCGUUAAAGAUCUAAAUCCGUGCAUUGCCGGCACUCAUAGCUGCACGUCCACCGAGAGGUGCGUGAACACCCUUAACGGUUUCCAAUGCCUCCCUCGCCUCAUUUCUUUGCCGUUAUCGUUGUCGCCGAGAAACGCCACCGUAAGAAAUCGGUUGCAGAGUUGCGAUCCCGGCUUUGCUUUUGACGUGCUCACCCAAAAGUGUGCAGACGUGGAUGAAUGCACUCAGCUGCCUUGCGAGUCCAACGAGCUGUGCGAAAACUCCAUAGGCAGUUACAAGUGUCACUGCAAGACUGGCUUUCAAUUGGACAAAAUCACUAACGCCUGCACAGAUAUCAACGAAUGCCAAUUGAACGUACACGGGUGCGGCGAUUCUCAGCGAUGUGACAACACGGUGGGCUCUUAUCAGUGUGUCCGGUUUACAGGAUGCGGUACGGGAUACACCCUGGAUGUAGAUUCGGCCACGUGUGUAGAUGACGACGAGUGCACGUUGAAAACGGAUUCUUGUGGUCUACUGGGACCGGAUUGGAUUUGCAGGAACACUUUGGGAUCGUUCAGGUGCGAGAGGAAGAGGUCGUGCCCCGGACCCACCUGCAGAACGGCUGUGGUGCAGGCGACCUCUGUUAAUACCACUGCCGCAAGUUUGGGCCAAGGCAAAUGUCUCAGGGGAUACGAAAGGGACGAACACAAUUUGUGCAAAGAUAUAAACGAAUGCAAAUCGCCCAACCGAUGUCUGUACAACGAAAUAUGCAUAAACACCAACGGAAGUUACUACUGUCUACCGAAAUCGAAAACCCAUCAAUAUAAUUAAUGUUUUUUUUUUUUACUAUAACAGCCUACAGAGAUAAUUAUUAAAACUUACCGUGUUGAGUUUGUAAAAUACAUAAACGUGUAGAGUU